GGACAUUUUCCCAGUUCCCUCCAGUGAGUAUAAAAUGGCGGGAAUAUCGUAUCCUUGCAUCAGUUGUCUGUCAGCUUUCAGCAGUGUUACCACUAGAAGGAGACUACCCACAGACAAAGAUGGUUGCAAACAUGCUGAGGUUUACAGUGGCGAUUAUCUGCGCCAUCAUUGUAAUUUUGUCACUUGCCGGCGUCAGCGAGGCUAACUACAAAAAUGCACCAAUGAACGGCAUCAUGUUCGGCAAAAGAGGACCUUCUGAAUACGAUUCCCGGGGAAAAACUUUCACGGCGUUGUGUGAGAUUGCCACAGAAGCUUGCCAAGCUUGGUUCCCGUCUCAAGAAAAUAAGUGAAAUUGAGAAGUUAGUAAAACAAGAACAUUUUAAUGACAAAAGCAUUCAUAAUGGACUGAGAGUCGAUUAAUGUAAAUUUUUAUAUUUAGGUACCUAAAGUAAAUAAGGGUAUUGCAUAGAUUAUUUCACAUAAUAUAGUAAAAUUAGUGGAUUGUUUGGUUGAUUUUUUUUUAAAGUAAUGGGUUAUAUACUUUUGCCUGCGUACAUUUUUAUUGUAAUUUGAGGUAUA